CUCAGUAAACCUCAAACAAGUUAUUAUCACCGGUGUUGGCAAUGAGUUCCCUGGUGUAUCUUAAAUAUUAUUAGUUUAUCUUAUUUAUAAGAUAUUACACGGUCAACACUAUAUCUCAUAGAAAUGUCUUCAAAUUUGUCUACAAUCAUCGGAUUAGGAUUAAUUGUCGCAACAGGUCUUGGUUUAUCCUGGAUUUUGUCUAGGCGAAAAAAAUGGCGUGCUGUUGGGAACCUCUCAAAAAUAUAUAUUUACCCCAUAAAGUCUGGAAGGUAUAAAGAAAUUGAUGAAGCAGUAUGUACGCCCAUCGGAUUAAGUUUUAAUGUUGGUAAUGGAAAACUUCCACUAAGAGACAGAGUUUUUGUUGUGUACAAUUCCAAAACAAUGGCUUUUUUGAGUGGCAAGGUCAAUCCAAAAAUGCUGCCGAUGAACUUUGAGCCAAAGGAUGACAGGACCGUGAUCUUUUCAUAUCCUAAAAAAAAGAACAUAGAAAUCAUUUUGCCAGAUAAACCUGAUGAUAAAAUGAUUACGAUGUGGAAAAAUGAGAAGAUACGUAUCAAUGACUGUGGUGAUGAAGUUGCUAAGUGGGUCUCAGAUGCAGUUGGUGGAGAGGACAGCGAAUUCAGACUUGGCUACUUUCCAGUGGAUGAAGGUUGGAGAAGAGACAUUUCCUACCGUAAACUGGAGUUUGAAGUCUUCAAAAACACGAACAACAAGUAUACAGGUGCUUAUUCCGAUCUGAGUAGUUACAACAUGGUAAAUAAGGCUUCUUUUGAAGACUUAAACACAAGACUAACUGAUGGGAACAAAGCAAAAAUUCUAAAUUUCAGGCCAAAUUUUGUCAUUGAAGGACCUAAAGCAUAUGAAGAAGACAAUUGGCAUUGGAUUAAAAUUGGAGACGCAGUAUUUGAACGAUUUCGGCCAUGCACAAGGUGUGUUUUUACUACAAUAGAUUGUGAUACUGGUGAAAAAAAUGAAAAUAUUGAACCUCUCAGUACAUUGAGAAAGUAUAGAACAAUGAAGAUGCUUGGUGAGGACAGGAUUGAUCCGCAUACUCCAGUAUUAGGUUUAAAUGCAGGACUUUACCAGGGCGGAAAAGUUAAGUGUGGAGACAUAGUUUAUGUUUCAGACUAGAUCAGUGACUUAACAACUUUAAGAUUUUAAUCUUAGUUUUAUUUUUGUUAGCGU